AAUUACGUGACUAUACAUUAACAUUUGAAUUCUAAAUAAUUAUUUCCCUAUGCCAUUAGUUUAUUUUUCUACUAGAAUAUUUAUAUAUUCCACCUAUCGGCAUUUAUAUUACUUAACAUAUGAACGUCUUUUAUAAUUCUCCCAUACCUUUUUAUGAAACUUUCCUGGCAUCAUGAUGUAAAGUAUGUACACCGAUUUUUUGAUGAUUACUAGAAUUAUGUUAAGGUUGUGAGCAGCGGAUGAGAAACCGCGGAAUAAAGUGAAUUCAUGUUAUUGUUCCACAACGUCCAUUGUUCUUGCUUUGCUCAAAUAAAAGAUUAUUUAAUAACUGUAUUUUGAUCAAGUUUAAGCACUACUGAGCUCACUUUUCAACUGAAAGAUCCAUAGAAAUAAACGAAACCACCAAUUAUUUUAUUCGGUAACACAACGAUUCCACUAUCUCGAACAACAGAAAACUGGAAAAAGUAAAGAAAGAACGAAUUUCAUCGUUCGUGUAAAUCAACAAAAUUCAAGCAUGGUACUCACUCGUGUCUGUCCACCAACAACAGUCUUACGUUCACCCAAUAAAACUAACGAUUAUUUACAUGUUAAUCACAAGGGCUACAUUGAAAACAACCACAACAAAAACCAACACCACAAUGUUUAUUUACCAAUUAAACAUAAUUUGAUUGAAAUACUUCCUCAUGAUGGUUAUUGUUUAACUGGAGAUAAGAAAAUACGUUUGAUAUUUAAAAGUUUGAUACAUUUAUUAGAAUUCUAUUUACUUGUUCAAGUAAGUAAUCGUGCAUCAUUCCUUCGUUUACCAUCGGCAAUUUGUCAAGCAAAAACUAUGAACGAACUUGACCAACUUAAUAAACAGGGAAUAAAAUUUUGGAAAUCAAACAAUAAUUGGAAUGUUGACUAUAAACCAUCUUUGAAGAGUCCAUUCUUUCCUAAUCCAAAAUUGUUUACUUCAGAAAAUUCAAUGAAAUCAUCAAUAUUAAGAAAUCAAGAUAGUAAUAUGUCAGUUAAUCAGAUAUCACAACAACAGACACGAGAAUAUCCACGUUGGAGACAAAUGAAUGUCAUUGGUAAUAAGAAAGAUAAUAAACUGACAACAUCGACAACAGCACCACGAAUACGCCCAAGAGCAAGUUCAGUAAAUGAUCGUUCAACACAACAUCAUUAUGAAACAAAAUUAAAACAUAAAGAGAUUGAGAAACCCAUAAAUAUCAAUAAUAAUAAUAAUAAUAAUAAACAUGCAGAUACUUUAUUUAAAACAAUGAAACAAAGAUUAGAUUUUAGAAAUAAUUAUUUACAUAAAACGAUUGAUAAUAAUGGCAAAGUAGAUCGAUUACCACCAGAAAAACAUUCUUGUCAACAGAUUACAAAUAUUCUAUCACCAUCGUCAUCAUCAUCGUCUUCUUCAAGUGUUCCCAUAAUUACUACAACUAUUCAAAAAAUAUCACCUUUAAAUAAAAUUAAUGAAUCAAUUGAAUGUUCUUCUGUUCGAUUAAAUCAAAAUCGACGUCAUCAAAAUGGGGUAUAUGAAGGAGAUGAAAACGAAUUUUGGGACGCUCUUCUGCAAGCUAAAUCUUCAAAUCCAGUUCAAACUGUUGAGACACAGGCAUGGCGUUCAUGGGAUCCGAACCAAAAUACAAAACAUCCUAUGAAUAUAAACAAUACACUCACCGGUGUUAAUACUUCCAUCAUCAUUACCACCACUACUACUGCUACAAAUACCGACACUAAUAGUCAAUCACAACAGGGAAGAUUAUUCACCUCAACUUUUCAUUCGAACAGCACAUCUUGUGAACCAGCAAAAAUGAGUACUCGUAAUAAGGCUAACACUGAGUAUCAUGAUUUAAACUUUCCACUUGAAAUUGUCAACUCACAAGAUAAAAAGCGUCAAUUAAAACAUCAAAUCUCAUUACCAUUAGAUAAAUCCCAUUUGACAUCAGAUGCAUAUGAUAAACAAUUUGUACUUAAAACUCACCAAACGACCAUACAACCUGUAUACAUGAAUUUGGUACAUGAUAGUGUAGCGAAUUCAACCACUAAUACUAUGAAAUGUAAUCCUACUGUACAUACAAGUGAUACCAGUCAUACUACUAAGAAAUGUGUUGGUAGUAUAUGUGACGACUCAAAACUUCCGAAUUACUUUACACGUAUUGUAGAUAAUAAUCAUCAUAAUGAUACUGUGAAUUACCGACACACUGCAACUAAUCCGAUUUAUUCCAGUGGAUUUUUGAAUAAUGAGUUAAGAGUUGACACUAGUUUUAAUUAUUAUGACAGUAAUCAUAAUAAAGAUGAUAAUUCACAGUUUAAUGGGAAAGAAACUGUUAAUAUCGAUAAAACGUUAUCGGAUUAUGAUGCAUUAAUUGAUCAAGAAAUAGGAGGCUAUAAAAAUGCAAGAUAUUCAUUAGAUUUGAAUGAUUUGGCAGCACCUCAAGCAGUUGGACAUGUAUUUGUUAUGAAAGCUACAGCUUAUCCUAUAGAUGAAUAUAAUUUUUCAUCGAAUCCACCAGUUGAUUCUUUAAAUAAUAAUUUCUCUUUAAUUUCACUGAAAUGUUCAACAACAACAUCGACAACAACUACAGUAUCAGGAGCAUGUCGUGCGAAGUUGAUAAAUCAUGAUCAGUUUCUGAAAAAAGACACAUCAUAUCAAGAUAAUCAUGUUUCAGAAACAAUAACCACAACGUCAACAAUAAAUGAUGCAUGUAAACAUAAGAGUAAUAACAAUACAUCCGAACCUAUGCAUACAAUCAAUAAACCAAAAUUAAGACGUGCAUAUUCACUGAGAAAACAAUCAUCAUCAACAUCUAAACGAACACAACCACAUGAAGAUUUAUUAUUGUUUAAUGCAAAUUGGAAUGAGAAUAAUAAUAACACCAACAACAGUUUAGACAAUGAUGGUAAUAAUGACAGUUAUAAUCGUAGGCAUGGAUUAUUGUUUCUAGGGGAAAGUUCAACGUGGUUACGCAAUAACAUAUUGCCUACAGAUAAGAUUGAGAAAAUUACUAGAAUGUAUGAUGAAAACGAAGCGAAUACAACACAUAAACAGAAAGCAGUUAAAACAAUUUCCGACAAUAAUCAUCGACCUACUCAUUCAUCAUCACCACCGUUAUCAUCAAAAGUAGUGAUACAUAAACUGGAUGAAUUAAAAAAUGAUAAAUCCACCUAUAAACCAGUUACUAAUAUUAUUUAUUCAAAAACAAUAAAUAGUCAAAGUAAUCAUCAUUCAGACUUAGAGACUUCAGAUGGUACUGACACAUUUGUAAGUCAUUAUAAUAAUUCCAAGAAAUAUGGUAUACCACAUGAGGAUCAUGCAAUUUGCUUUGAAACUGAUAUGGGAUUAGACAAACAUUAUUUCCAAGAUAUUGAACAAAAUUCAAAACUAAACAAAUUAACCACGUCAACGGCUAUAACAAUGACGAAUAUGACAACAACAGCACCGAUAUUAGAAGCUGUAACAAAACCAGUUAUUUCUGAAUGUCCAACAUUAACUUUGUUGUCUGCUCCAAGGAUAUCACAGCCUCAUGAGAUUUAUCAAAGUGAACAAGAUAUUUGGGAUAAAAGUACAAACAAUCGACAACAACAACAAAAUAAUAAUCAACACCCUUACCGCCAUCAAAUAUCAUCAGAUUCUCAACAAAAAUGUUUAAAGCUUGAAUCUAAUACAUCAUCACCUGGAGCUAGUAGUCGAGCUAGUACUGUAUUUUGUCCACCAUGGGAUACUGCCCCAAUUGGUCCAUAUAUUGCAGAUUUAUUAAAAUUAAACCCACCAUUCUCAUCAACUCUUGAUGAUUUACAACAAUCUCCUAAUACUUAUCAAUCUAACCAUCAUAAUCAUCAUCAUUAUAAUUGCAAUAAUCUUAAUAAUAGUAAAAUUCAUUCACAAUCAGGGAAUACACAUUAUCAACGUAAAUAUUCUGCACGUAAUCGUAGUAAAACAUUGUCUAGUGUUGAACAUCAAUUAUUGAUUGGAAAUUUACUUACAGACUGCAAUAAUAAUUAUUGUACUUCGUCUACUGUGGCAGGGACAGCAACUACUACUGAUAAUUCAGUAACUUCACCUUCAUCACUAUUAAAUAAUAAUAAUAAUAAAAUUGAUAUGUCUAAUCUUUCCAGUCUGUGGGAACAACAACAAAAUCAGUCGAACAAUGGAAAAUUGAAAGAAUUCUCAUCAACAUCACUAGGAAACAUGAAUGAGUUUUUUAAAAGUUUACAGAAUGACUUUUUAACUGAAACAACAACCACAGUAUUGGAAGCAUCAACGACGACACCGACGAUGACAGCAGCAGCAACAACAAAAUCGUUAAUAAUGAAGGAUAAUAGUGAGAAAUUGUCACCACCACUUCCAGUGAGAAGUAAACGUGGACUAAAUGAUCCUAAUUCAUUUGUUAAUGUAUCAAGAACUAAUUUAUUAGAUUACAAAUUACAUUCAUUUAUUGAUUUUACAGAUGAUAUCAGUCCGUACGCUGUAACCGCCUGUCAUCCAUUGAAUUGUAAUGAUAACAAUAAUAACAAUACCAGUACUGAUUUAUUACAAGCAACUCGUGAUUGUAACAAUUCAGCACACGAUUGUUCAUGUAUGACAUUAAGUGAAUUACAAACUUAUUCGUCUCAUACAGCAAGACCGUUGAAUAUUCGUCGUAAUGAUACGAGUUACAAUAUUCAAAGUAAACUUCGUGAUGAUAAUAAUAAUGUUAAUAAAAAUGAAGAUGACAGAAGCAAUAUGAACAUCAAUGCUACUACUAAUACUACCAGUAAUGGUGUCACAAUUGAUAAUCACAAUACCAAUCACAGUGUAACUAAUAAUGCGGAUAGUACUACUAUCGAAGAGUUGAUACCGUAUGAUUAUUCCUUGUCAAAUAAAUCUGUACCUUUAGAUUUCUCCCAGAAUCCGUUUAAUAGUUCAUUGGAUAAUAGUACAAGCCAUGGUAAAAUAUGGCCAGAUAAUUAUGUUUAUGCUCAAGUACUACCAAAACAUUUACGUGAUCAAGGUCAAUUCACUGACAUCAAUUCAUUUGAUCAUACAAUUACAUUUCAGUCAGAUCCAUUCAAUGAUAUGCAACAACUGGAAUUUAACAAUUUAAAAACUCUUGAACAUAAAUCAUUGAAUAAAAAAGAUGAACUAACCGAUAAGGAUUCAUUCACACAACAAUGUAUAGCACCUUUAUCAAUUGCUGAAUCAUUACAAUCUUCAUCAUCUACUAAUUCGUUAGCUUCAUCAUUCGAUUCAAAAACAUCACUUUCUUCAUGGAAUUCUUCAGAAUCUUAUUCACAAAUACCUAGUAAAUCAGAACAAUGUCACAUACCAUUGAAUUCAAAUAUGAACAAUAAAUUAAUUCACUCAUUAUAUACAAAUCAAUCGAAAUUUGAAAAAGCUUCAUUGCUGAAUCAAGAACACCUACAAUAUUCAAAUAAUUUGGAUAAGACAAAUUGGUCUAAUGAUUUACCACAAAAAUCAAAAAGAGUUGGUCGACAUAUUAAGAAAUUUUUUCAUAGAUUAAUGACUAAUCCUAAAAGUCAAAUGGCAGAACAAAUUAAUUUAUUUUUAGAAUGUACAAAAGCAAGCAGUGAUCGUGGCCCAUAUAGAACAAUGCAGUCAAUUCGUCAAUUCAUCAGUGGUAUGACCAAUUAUCUCCUUAAGAAUCCAUAUCUUGGUCUUCCAAAAGCUGUUGAACGAGAGAAAAAGGAGUUAAAUGAAUUCGGAUAUGUAAAUGUUGGUUUUCAUUUAGAGUCAGCUUUACAACGAUAUAUCCUUAAACCAUUACAUUUUCAUGUGAUUAAACAAUUAGAACACGAACAAAUGAAGAACAUGGAUCUCGGUAACUUACAAAUGAAAGUUCGGAAGUUGUGUGAUCCCGAAACUCGAGCAUCAGAUCUUGGAAUACAGGCACCUAUCGCACCACCGAAAGAAUCCCUUAUACAAUAUGUGAUCAAUGUUUAUUCACAUUUAGCGAAUACUUAUUCAGUUCAACGGAAAAUAAAUUAUCUUGUUUCUAUAUUUAAUUAUAUUCGAAAAAGCAUAUACAAUUUGAAAUCGGAUCAAGAAUUAGAUGCAAACUCUUUGAGUACUGAAGAUCUUCAUGCUUACUAUGCUUGGGUUUUCGCUCGAUCUGGCUUACUUCUCACAUCACUUAAUCCAACAAACAACCAUGAAAUUCGAUUACAGACCACUUCACUUACAAACAAUAGUAAUAAUGCCAAUAAAUCAAUAAUCUGUCCAGUCGCAUUACAAGCUGAUUAUCUAGAUGGAGUUUUAAAUACCCCUCAACUAAAUGAUCAAGCAACAGGAAUGAAUGAUUUAUUUGGCUCAUUGUAUUGGAUAUGGAAUGAUAAAAAUGCAUUAUACCAAUCACUUGAAUCUAGUCCAUUGGCACAUCAAAAACUUUUAAACAUGGAACAACCAAAUAUUUCAUCAUAUUCCAUAAAUAAGCAAGAAUCGCAAUUAACUAAUUUAGUAGACGACGUAUAAUACCACCACGUCGAAGAAAAACCGUCACCGGUGUAAAUUUGCCAAAAACACCUAAUAUUGAACAUUCGAAUGAGAUAAAAUCUUCUCCAACCAAAAUACAACAUAAUGUUAAACAUCUGACACAUGAUUCAAGUAUGGAUACUAGACAGUUCUCGAAUCUAUCAAAGCCUCAGUCUAUUUCCCAUUUAACAUUGAACGAAGAUCACUUUUGUCCUGUUCCUCUGAAUCAAAGUAAUAAUAACAAUAAUACACUAUCAAGAUGGCGCCCAUGGAUUGCACAAUCAAACUUGCUGACACAUUCAACGAGUACAUGUCCUCUACCUGUUGCAUCUUCUCUUUCUUCGACCACAAACCUACAAAUGUCUUCAUCUCCUGUUCAUGCCAAUACAGUAAACUGUUUACAAGUAUUAGUAAUGAAUGAAGAAACGAAUCAACUACAGUCGUUAAAUUAUCCAAUAAGGCCAAAUAUGACAGCUAGAGAGCUAAAUAAUCUGAUAGCAUUUCAAAUGAGAAUAUUUGAUUCAAAAGAUUUUGGAUUAUUUGUUUACAUCAAUGGAACAGAAAUUCAACUGGAAGAUGAAUUACGAAUAGCUGAGUUUACUAGUUCAAAUUCAGAUGUUUUAUAUUCAGCACAUAUACUUCCAACAACAACAACAAUGGCCACACCGUCACGUUCACAAACCGGUACACCUAUUUCACUUAAAGACCGUGAAAAAUUUCCAUUCAAAAGUCAUAUUUCUAUCAGUUCACAUUCUGAUUCCACUACUAGUAGUUCAUCUGAGUUCCGAUCGCGAACAGUAUCACAUCGUUCGGGAAAGUCAAAUCGAAAUCGUGCUGCUUGGUGGACAAUGUGUAAAUCGAAUGGCCAGUCAAAGCAUCAGUUAGUAGUGCCAGUUCAAGAUUCAGCUUUUAAAAACACUUUAGAAUAUCAGGAAAAUUCAGGCUUGCAUAAACCAGUGUUAGUUUAUAAACGUAAAUCUGGCUAUUUUGCCUUAUCUGACCGUCUUUUGGGAUCAGGAUUAAAAUUUAUCAAACAACAAAACCUAGAAUUGUCUUCCCCUGAGCAAUCGUAACUGUGUAAAAUAAAUCAAAAGAGUUUCGAAUGAUUUAAAAAUUAUAAUCUCCUGUAAUCAACGGAACUCCCAAAAUUUUCACAUUUCAGGACCCGAAAUGUAUUUCAGAAAAUAUUUCACUGAAUUUAUACUACUUAUAAAUUAAAUCAGUAGUAAAAAGUAACAAAUUAAAAUAUAUUUUACAGACAAAAUGCCUCGAAUCGAUUUAAACAAAUCUUUGCAAUUAUGUGCAUUUAAUCGGACCAGAUUUUUUUUAUUUGUCGUUUAGCUACAAUCAACUAAAUUGUUCAACAAUCUGGUCCAGUAGAUACACGAAUACAUAGCAUUAUUCAUAAUAACAUUUAUUUUGAUUUUAGCUUUCAUUUCAUAAUAUGACUGACUUCACUAAAAAUUUGUGCUUACGAUGCUCUUACUUAUUAAAGCCUAUUUGAAAGUAAACUAAUAAAAUGAUGGCAGUUCUUUCUGUGUAAUCUUUCUUUUUAAAUAAUUUGUUUUCUUCAUAUAUAUACAUAUAUUCUUGUUGGAAGUUAUAAUUAUAAUUUUCCCAUUGAGAUUUUUACUUGCACACGUUACCUGUUAUUAGGAAAACACAGCGUCAGCAUUUCACGGAUGAAUCAUAUGACGUUGAACAUAUUGUUACCUAAUACAAAAAUCUAUUUGGACGAGUACGUAAGUUUACACUGAGGAAAUUAAACUUAAAAUUCCUACAGAAAACAAAAUUAUGUAUAAGACACAAUGAGGAGAAUAUGAUUGAAACUGGUUAACAAGAGCAAAAUGAAAGAAUCCUCUCUAGGCCUAGGUUGCCCAAAAUCAUAAGCAUGAUAUCAUGCACAUCUUAUUGCCACUACUAAAAGGCAUAUUUUACUUUGGUUAAGGUUUCUUAGCCUUAGAAAAUGAUUGGAAUAAAACCUAUGAACUGACAUUUGAAUAUUUUGACUCUUACAAGUAAAAUGAUAGUUGAAACUUCUACAUAACUGAUUCUUCUAGAUUUGAGUCCUCAUAGUUGAGUGCUACAAUUUAAGCUGUAUUAUUCAAGUGAUAAAAAAGGAAUCAGCUUGAUAGAGUUAUAUUAUAGUUUUCUACAGCAUAUUAAACGUCAGGGUAGGUGAUGCUUUCAUAGAUAUUAUCAAUAAAUCUUCUUGAAUUUCGCUCAUGUCCACUACUCAACUUAAAAUCUUUCAGCUUUACACUUUUAUACUUCCUUAAAUUAAAUAUCCUAAAUUAAAUAUCCUAUAAACUUUGUCGAUUUGUUGUUCUUUCCCUUUCUUAUUCAUUUGAGUGGAAAUCUUAGAGAAAAUCAACCUUUAUUAUCAAGGAUUCACCAGUAAAACGUCAGUGAAAUAGAUGAAUUAAUUUUUACAAGUGAAUUUCUUAUUAACAGUAGAGUACAUUUAUAAUCUGUUAAAUUAACGCCACGAUCAAAUCAAAGUCUAAAGGCAAGUGAUAUUUUGUAAACAUAUAGCAUCAGAUGUAGUUUGACAAACUAGCCACUUAAAUACUGAGAUUCCACGUGGUAUGUGCACGGUUUAGAUACUGUGAUGACAUUAAUUGUGUGUAUUAUUCAGUAUAUCAUUCAUAAAGCAUAAUUUGUUUAGACAUUUUCUCCAAAUAAGCGUAGAAAGAAGUAAGAUUUUAUUUAAUUGCACCACAGAUGUGGAACGUUUCACGUUUCUUUGCAUUUAGAUAAUCCAAUUUCUACCACAUUAUUGAAACGAAAUCGUUCUUUUCACUUUUUCUGACUAAGAGAUUGAUAUUUGGGACUAAUUUUGCAAUUUUAUACUAAAAUGUAGAAGUCAUACUACCGUGAACCUCAUUGUUUUGGUAGUACAAUAUGGCCCAAUCGGUCCAAUCAUAUAUGUUUGGAUUUGAUUAAAACUUAUAAAUAUGAUCAGAAUUAAACAUGAUUAUUUAGUGUUGGAGUAUUCUGUACCUCUAAAGAUUUGAAAAGAUUUCGAAUUUACCAAACGUUAUUGAACAAAGUAAAUUAUUGAUGCAGAUUCUACUUUUUUUAUGUCAUAUCAGGUGUUGCAUUUGAAUACUCAAAUACAUGUAUAACUAAAAAAAACUACUUGGGUAGAUAAAUUUGUACUUACAAAAUAAAAAAUGAUGCAACCCAAAUCAGGUAGUACAAUAAGUUAGACGGUCACUCCUUCCACCUGUAACGUAUAUUAUCAAGUGACUGUAAGAGUUUGUUCAGAGGAUUAAGGGGCAUUUUGUUUUAUUAGAAUAACACAAGAAAUGCCCCAGUGAGUUUAUGUUUGAUAUCUUUCUUGGAAUCGUUUCUUUGUUAUACGCAUUCACUUUUAACAUUUUUAUUCUCUAAAGCACAUUUUGCUCUAGUUUUAAUCAAGCUAUUUCAUCACAAUAAUCUGAAUAAUCAUUUUUUUACUAAUUGGAAUCUGAAAAUUGAAUGAGA